GAAGGACCAGCCCAAGGUGACCUUGCUCUGGAAGGGGCGGCUCCAGGGGUAUUUCCUGCUGAGUGCUGGCCUCAGGGAGGUGAGGACAGAGCAGAAAGACAGUGGAUGGGGCAGGGGAACCCUGAUUGCUGCUUGAAGAAAACCUGUAUCUUGCCAGGCUUCAGCCUUGAGAAAACCACAGCCAGACCCUGGGCAGGCAGUUCCUCUUCUCAUAAGAAGCUGAUGUGACAAUCCUGUGACUCAAGGACCCACCAGUGAAGUAGCCACACCCUGUGUGUGUGGCCUGCCAGGCACUGUGGUCUUGUCCAGCUACACAGCCGGGGCCGGGAGUUGCAGACACCAUGACCCUGACUCUCACAGCCCUGCUCUGCCUGGGGCUGAGUCUGGGCCCCAGGACCCCAGUGCAGGCAGGGACCCUGCCCAAACCCAGGCUCUGGGCUGAGCCAGGACCUGUGAUACCACGAGGGAAAGCUGUGACCCUCUGGUGUGAGGGGACCUGGGGGGCCCAAGAUUAUGGUCUGUACAAAGAGGGAAGCCAAGUAUACUGGACAAGACCAACACCACUGGCACUCAAGAACAUGGCCAAGCUCUCCAUCCCAUCGGUGACAGAGCACCAUGCAGGGCUACAUCGCUGUUACUAUCACAGCCCUGCUGGCUCGUCAGAGCCCAGUGAGCCCCUGGAGCUGGUGGUGACAGGAGUCUACAGCAAGCCCAGCCUCUCAGCCCUGCCCAGCCCUGUGGUGACCUCAGGAGGGAACGUGACCCUCUGGUGUCACUCAAGGCUGGGAUUUCACAGGUUCAUUGUGACUAAGGAAGGAGGAGACCAGCUUUCCUGGACUCUGAACUCACAGCCAGGCCCCAUUGGGCAGGUCCAGGCCCUGUUCCACGUGGGCAGGAUAAACUCCAGCCAGAGGUGGACCUUCAGAUGCUAUGGCUGUUCCGGGAGUCCACCCCAGGUGUGCUCAGAGCCCAGCGACGCCCUGGUGCUCCUGGUUCCAGGGCUGUCCAAGAAGCCCUCCCUCCUGACCCUACACGGACCCAUCCUGGUCCCUCAACACAGCCUGAUUCUCCAGUGUCACUCUGACUUCGCCUAUGACAGAUUCACUCUGCACAAGGAGGGAGCAGGUGACCUCCUUCAGCGCUCCAGCAGGCAGCCCCAGGCUGGGAUCUCUCAGGCCAACUUUACACUGGGCCCUAGAAGCAGCUCCCAUGGAGGCCGAUACAGAUGCUACGGUGGACACAGCCUCUCUUCCGAGUGGUCAGCCCCCAGUGACCCCCUGGACAUCCUGAUCGCAGGACAGCUCCCUGCCACACCUUCUCUCUUGGUGGAGCCAGGACCCACAGUGUCCUCAGGAGAGAACGUGACCCUGCUGUGUCAGUCACGGAGCCCCAUGGACACUUUCCUUCUGUCCAAGGAGGGGGCAGCCAAUGCCCCACUACGUCUGAGAUCAGAGUCCCGAGUUUACCCGUACCAGGCAAAAUUCUUCAUGGGAGCUGCAAGCUCAGCCCUCGAGGGGACCUACAGGUGCUAUGGCUCUCGGGACUCAGCUCCAUAUCUGUUGUCACAGCCCAGUGAGCUCCUGGAGCUCGUGGUCUCAGGAGGCCCUGAGGAUCUGUCCGUCACGCCCACCAAGCCAGGACCCCAGCAUGGACUGAGAAGGCACCUGAAGGUUCUCAUCAUUGUCUUGGUGGCCUUUGUCCUGCUGUUGCUCCUCCUCCUCUUCUUUGUCCUCCGUUGCCAUCAUCAGGGCAAAAGCAGAAAGGCGGGGGCCAUGGGGCCAGCGCCCCAGGACAGAAGCCUGCAGAAGAGGUCAUUCCUGCACAAGGACUCCCCUGCCUGCUGUCCUCACAGACUCUUGACACUCCCGUGUUGCCCCAGCUCCAGCCAAGCCACUACAGCCCAAGAAGAAAACCUCUAUGCCACCAUGAAGGACACAGAGCCUGAGGACAGGGUGGAGCUGGAUGCUCAGGCUGCUGACCGUGAGGGUCCUCAGGAUGUGACCUAUGCCCAGCUGUGCAACUGGACGCUCAGACAGGAGACAGCUGCACCACCUUCCUCUCAGGUCAGGGCCCUCCAAGAGGAGCCCAGUAUAUACGCUUCCCUGGCAUCCACUCGUACAGGACCCAUCCCAAAGGAGACUAAGUGAUGCCUCAGCCACGGACACCAAAUUUAGAGACCUCCAGAGAUUCUGGAACUUUCUGAGACUCACCUGACCCUGCAGUCAGAGAUGUCUGUGUGUUACAGAAAAACCAGUAUCAAACUGAGUGGAAGACUCUGCAUAGAGGAGUUAAAAGACACCUUGUUUAUUCUGCUAGCA